UAACACGGUAACCGGUGUCGAUAACACGAGCGACCGUUGCGCAUCCAUCUGUAUAUAUACAUUGGAUGCUAAUUUUUAAAAUCUACAUAAACAAAUAUAUGUGAAAGCUCAAAUCGGAAUUGGACAAAACUGGUGCGUUCUUAUCGAGAGUCGAAAGAAGAAUGUCAGUGUCGGUGAUGCGGUGGUGGUAAAGCGUCUCGAGUAUGUUUUGGGGGAGGAGGCGCGCUCGCGGCGCUAUAUAUCGUGAAUCGACCCCGUGGAAAGUUGAAACGGCGGGGCGGCCGGAGUGGAAAGAAUGAGAGGAACGGAGCGGACAACGAACCGCCCGUAGUGUGUCGGGGUGACGAGAAAAGGGGGGACGACUUACACACAUACGAAAAGACUUAACGUGUUAAACGUGUACAAAUAGGCCAACACAAAUAUAGAUCCGUAGGAGGAGGCGAGUAAAGAAUAUCGUGUGUGUAUGUGUUUUUUUUUGUGUUUGUUUUUGUAACGUCGAAAGGUUGAAAAAAAUCGCACGUUAAUGGGAGUAUGGUGAACGCGAGUUUCGAUGGUUCUUCGAUCGUAUAGAGGUAGUCGCCGGCGACGCGCGAACCUCUUUUACGGGGCCAACGUUGAAACACAUGUUUCGAGCCUGUGAGAGCAGUACAUUACAUUUUUACAACGAGGGUACACAUCAUACCAAUACUGCUGUAAUAACUCCCGUGUGUUUGGGCCCGUGAAAAAUCUUCACGGUCUUACGUGUGUAUCGUGAGAACACGACAUAUAUAUAUAUAUAUAUGUGUGUGUGUGUGCAUGUGUAUAUACGUAUAUAUAAAUAUAUACAUAUUUAAGAUAGAUAUGUGCGUGUGUGUAUAAAAAUUCGAACGCAAGUUUCGUAUCAUCGUUGAACGACCAGUUUUUUUAUUUUCCUAGUAAAGCAGGAAACGAAAAUAAAAUUACAGAAAAAAGGUGAAAUAGCUAGAGGGAAAGAAAGCGAGGGAGAAAGAGAGAAAGAGAGAGAGAGAGAGAGAGAGAGGGAGAUAGACGGAGAAAAAAUAAGGAAGGAGAAAAAAUCGCAAAGCGAUAUCGAUGACGUCCAUCGGGACGAUGUGCUGCCGCGUAUCGGGACUGAAAUAGAGGGGCUCGUUACCCGAAGGCGGCAGUGCGUGGGUGUCGAUCACUCUGUUUAACAAGAAGAGAGCACUCGGGAGCAUCUCUUCGUAAAUCAAACGAUCUUCCACGUAUCUCGAAAGCAACAUUCCCCCUCAACAAACUUCAUGCCAAAUAAAUAUACCACGAGGAAGACGCAUUCUACGACCGAUCUCCGAACUCUCCUUUACACUCUCCCCUCUCACCCUCCACCCUUCUGUUCGGCUCCCCGCCCCGCUCUUUAACCGUGUUAUCAAAUUGAGAUAUCGGGUCGACGGUUAUUUUGCUUUUUUUACUAUUCGUAAAAAAAGAAAAUCUCGGUGUUCUUUACACUUAUGUGCUUUUUUGAGGCACUGUUGCAAAAACUUCUUCACAGUGUGAUACCGUUUUUUUUACUCAACCGCUUUUUGAUGUCGGUGUGAAGUUUUGACCCGGAGACAACUCGUAUAGAUCCAUGGGCAGAUGGGGAAUUUCUGGCAUGGAGAUCUCCUCAGAGACUCAUCGAAGAAACUUCUAGUCACCGAUUAAAAUGCCGCUGGACUCAAUACUUUGCCCAAGAUUCCCGUCUUGAUUCCAAAGACAAGGAAGUUUCGUUGUCUUUUUGGAACUCUCAGAGUCUCUUAAUUUUUUUGCUUUAUCAUCUGUGUUCCUAUCAACAACCAUUUGUCCUGAAUUUCCUCUUGCAAAAACUCUCCGCCGGUAUUGAAAUACUCAAACAACGGUGGUAAGCGCUAAGCUCUAUGUGCGACCUGAAAUGGUAAGAGCGAAGAAUGGAACGAGUUAGGAUAUCAGUAUGCGAGAGAAGUCAGCGGAAUGUACCGCUCACGUAGAUUACGUGGGGGGCACGACAGAAAUGUGCUCGCGUGAUCCAACCACCCUUCACCAAGCCCUGUCCAAGGCUAACGGCAAAACCUCUGGUUCUCAACCAUCAACAAACCACAGGGAAACUAGAAUUGACUCAGGCAUACUUCCAAAUCCUGGCGGACGUCUUAAAUUCUUCAAGGAUGGCAAAUUCAUACUGGAACUGUCGCACAGACGCGACGGCGAUCGUACUACCUGGUUUCCGGUGCCUAAAAAAACUUUUUGGCCACCAGCUAGCACCACCCCCAACAGACAAGAAUCCUCCACAUCUCUCAGUGUUUCAGACGACAAUUCGUCGAUACAAUCGAGCCCGUGGCAAAGGGAUCACUGUUGGAAGCAAUCGAAUCCUCGUCGGUGCGCAUCGACAGAAUUCAAUUUGUACUACAGGCGUGAUCCGCGAAAUCGUUUGUCCACGGAUCCACGUUUAUUAGCUCGUCAACGCAGACGUCCUCUUGAUCCAAUGAUAUCGCACGUAGGACAGGAAUCGGUGUCAAAUUGUCCGAGGGACGGUACGUCGACGUGCCGGAAGAACAACAACAGCGUAGGUGCGGGGAAGGCAUUGAGUUUGAUAAUCGAUAAAUUGGCAAGACUGUUGGAUCCGAACGUGGUAUCACCGCGUAAGAGAAUAUUGCGGGAAUUGGAGAGGGUCACGCUCGAGGAUCAAGCAUCGAAGAGACGAGCAACGCCACAACCAACUACCAAUCCAACAAGCGCACCUGUACCAUCCCCAAAACAAUUAUCUUCUUACAGUAUAACAAGUAUUUUGGGCGAGGACAAGCCCAAUCCGGAACCUGGGUUUUUGAGAAAUUUACUCAAAUUGGAGGACGGACAAACCGUUAAAUACUCAUCGAGUCAUUCCUAUCCAAGAACCAGAGUCGACCCCUACGUCGCGUCGGCCAACACCUCCGUUCAUCAUCCACUUUACGGUGUACCAAUGCUCCCACCCGGUCCUUACAGAGCACCGUUAUGGAUGCAUUAUCCACCGCCCGUUCAUUAUCCUCCGCCCAUGCCCAUUUAUCCACCACCUCCGCCUCAUCCAUCCUCACCCCCUGUCCAUCACUACAAAGACUACAGGGAACAAGCUCUCACACCUCCAUCAGAUAUGCCUCUGAAUCUGUCGAAGCAUGCGGGUUGAAUCUCAGAAUCAGAAAAGUUGGUGCCUUAUCGAUGAACAAAUUCUAUGAACACUGCCCGUGCAACGACAAUGCGAAUAUGUUAGUAUUUUUUUAUUCGUAAAACAAUAGUGAAGUAGUAGGUAGGGAUUUUUUGGUGAGGCGACAAAGCGAGAAUUACCGUUUGGCAUAAUUGUACAUAUGAUUGCAUAAGCUGUCGAGGUUGGCGUAGAUAUUUUAUAUAUAUAUUAUUAUCCGAUAAUGAAUUUGCGAGUAGUAUUAAAGUAGUAAAAGUGGAAGGUAAAGUGUCCAGUUGAACUUUAGUUUCGUUUGUUGGUUUUUUUUUUUAAUCAUUAUAUUUUGUGCUAAACGCUGACGUAACACGUGACAUGUAUUUAUUGAAUAUUUUUUUUCUAAAGUUUCACGACAUUAAAGUCCAUUCAAACAUUUGUCCAUUUUAUUGGUAUUUUAAUAUGAAAUAUCGAAGAAAAAAUAUGUAUAUUCAUUCAUAAACAUACACAUAUUUAUGUAUACUUUGUCAACGAGAUUAGUGUGAAAGCGAUUGCAAACGAAUACGCUUUACCUUCAAACGACUACGUACUCUGGCUGCAACGAGAAUGAAACGAACAAAAAUAAAAGAUGAGGGGAAGAAAGAAGAAAAAAGAAAAACAUAAAAGUGGAAUAAAGACGUGUGUUUUCUCAUCCCUGUGCAUCUCAUUUACUAUAUACUUUGUUAUUCUGUUUAACGUUUAUAUCGUAAACUUCCCAUCAUAGUGGAAACAUAAGAAAGACAUAGGAUUAUGUACAGAAACACAGAUAUUACAUAUAUAUUUAGAACGUGAAUUAUUAUUACGAAAUAAUAAAGUAUAAGAGGACAAAAAAAUGUAACGCAUCGGUUAAUCUAGUUUAACGGGCUCCGAUAAUGGAAAACAAACUAUUAUUAUUUAUACGGUAUUCAAUGAUGUCAGAAAAAUUAACCGAUAGAGAGCGCGAGGCGUGCCUUAAUAUAGUUUUCUAAAAAGAUAAAAGAAGAAACAAAAAACAAACAUAAAUACGAAAUGAAAAUGUAUUAAUCUCUUUCCCGACCGCCACUUGAUCGAAUUGUAUUAAUUCUCAGCUGUGUACAUUAUUAUUAUCGUUUUAUGUACAUAGAUGCACAGACACGUCUUCAAUAACUUCAUAACAAGUUGUUUUCGUUUUGUUUUUUUUUUGUUUUUUUUUACGUACAUCGUCGCAUUAUUUAUUAAUCGAAAAUGAAACAUUUGAAAGAAUCGUCUCGAAGAAGAUUCAAAAAUAGGAGAACGUAAGUAGAAAACGAAAAACGAAAGAAAAGUUUAAAAAAACGGUUAAGGCAAGUUCAACUCAAGCUCUGGAUCAACAAACUAUUUCCAAUUAUCCAGUCGCGUUACACUCUCUAUCCAUCGACUCGAAACUACGUAUGUGAAUGUGUGUUGUUGCGCAACGAGCAAUUGUAUAGUAAAAACUAAUUUUCAUAAAUAUAAAUAUUUCGUAUACUAAAA